AUGCGAAUUCGGGAAGCCUCGGGGGAAAAAGAAAAAAUGGCUGAAGCCCUUUCACCAAUAACUCGACAAGUAGCUAAAGAAAACCAGGAGAUCGGGACCCCAUCUGUCGAUUAUCGUCUUGAAGACGUCGAAGAUUGUUUGAUUUACGACCGGCAUGGAGUCCCUGUUCCGUUCAAGAAAUUAUAUCAAGACAGGAAAUCGGUCAUAAUUUUCGUGCGGAACUUCUUGUGCUACAGCUGUAAAGAAUAUGUGGAGGAUUUGAGCAAAAUACCUGGAGAAGCACUGGAGGAUGCUGACAUUCGACUGGUUGUGAUUGGUCAGUCUGCUCAUCGUCACAUAGAGCCAUUCUGCUCGCUGACGGGGUAUCCUCAUGAAAUAUACGUGGACCCGGAGAGGUGCAUUUAUCAAAAGCUUGGGAUGAAGCGAGAGGAGACAUAUACAGACUCGGCCCACCCUAGCCCCCAUGUGAAGUCUGGUAUCUUUAUGGGACAACUGAAGAGUAUAUGGAGGGCCAUGACUAGCCCUGCAUUCGACUUCCAGGGGGACAUGCAUCAACAAGGUGGAGCCAUCAUUGCAGGACCAGGCCCCCAAGUUAAUUUUUCCCAUUUCGACAUGAACCGCCUGGACCACAUGCCCAUCGACUGGCUCCUGCAGCUUGCCGGAGUUCAACAGACUCUGGACUUCAGCGAUAAGCCAAAGAUCCUCCAUGUGUAGCCAGCUGGACUGCCUGAAAGCCUGCUUCGUCCCAUGUCGCUGUCAUCAUCACACUCAUGCAGGCAGGGAUGGUGCACACAAAUUGCUGGUUCAGUUAACAGAAAGAGUUUAGGCAACAUCAUUCUCUAUAACAAAAGUCUUGGAUAGGUCUGAAACAAACAGAGAGUGAAAGUUCAUUCCUGACCUGAACUCAAGGUCUCCUUAGCUUUAUCUCCCUCAGAGCUUCCAUUCACAUCUCAUGGGUUGAUGAAUUUGAAGGCUUUGGAAAAGAGAUUUGGUGAAAAAAAGCUUGUAAGUUUCCCUUGAUCGUGCCUGUGGUGAGUGAUGUAUGGUUGAGUGUGUAAAAGGGAUAUGAAUGCAUUAGCCUACUAUUUAACAUAUUUUCUAUCUUUUCCAUCAGAGCUAUAUUACUAUGUCUUACUUUGUCUUGUUGUAGUGAGAUGGUUGCGUAGAUGCACACUUCAAAACAACUUGUGCACUGAUGUAAGUGAUUGUUCUUAUCACAGUCUUAUUUUUAUACCCACUUUCCUCCUAUACAGUGUUCAUGAGAUUGCAAUUAAAGUUGAAUUACUAUU